AUGAAUAUUUCCAAUAAAGAAUCAGCACAUACAAGUAUAAAAAGGGAAAAGGAAAAAAAAAAAAAACAAAAAACAAAGCAUUCCAAGGGCGAAUAUAACGGAAGAAGAAAUAGUUUUAAAAAUGUACAUCCUGAAGAAUAUUUAAAACCAGUGAAAUUCGUCAGUGGCGGAUUUCUCAACAAUAAAAAAAAAAUAACAGCAGAAAAUCAGGACUUGGAUAAUUUAAAUUACACUUUAAGUGACAAUGAUUCGGAUGAUUUUAAUGAGUAUGAUGUCUUUAAGCAUUUCUCCUUUGAUUUCAAUUUUCAUUUAAAAAAGGAUGAAAAUUAUUUUAUAAAAAAUAAUUUAAAAAAGUACAAUCUAAAGGAACUAAAAGAAAAAGAUGACAAAUUUUUUGAAAAAUAUGGAUUAGGAUUUAAAAUUUUAAGGAAAAUGGGUUAUGAAGAUGGUAUUGGCAACCAAAUAAAAACGAAUAUAGCACCCAUAGAACUUCAAAAAAAGCAUAUUACAUUUUUUGAAGAAAAAUCGCAAGAAAAUUCGAAUCCAUCAAACUCUGAUAUUGAAAUACACAACACACACGAAUGUUCUGAUGAUAUUUUUAAAGAAUCAACAUAUAGCAAAAAUUUAUGGAAGAAAAAGUAUAAUUAUAAGAAGAAUUGGAAUUUUCACAAAAUAAAAAAUCAAAUUCAUACACACUUAAAAUAUAAUACCUCGUUUAGACAAAAUUUUCAUUUGUUCUAUUAUAAUGAGAAAAUUCAUGAUGAGAAACUUAAUAAUUUACAAAACGUCCAAAAUUUUCUCAUUGAACAUGUUAAAAAUAUUACUGCAGAUUACUUUAAUGUUGUAAAAAAAAAACAACUUAUUGAAAAUAAACUAAGGAAUUACCAAAAUUAUGGUGUUAAAAAGGACAUUUAUAAAAUGCAUACUUUAAUUUUAAAAAAUGUGUUAACAUAUAAAUAUUUAUUGAAUUUACAUACCGCACUAUCAUAUCCAACUCUCUUUAACAAUGCAACGUAUAAUGAAUAUCUUUUUUCUCUUAAGCACGAUCGAAAAAAAAUACAACAAGGAGAAGAACAAAAUGACCAUGCUGACCAUGCUGACGAUGAUGACGAUGAUGAUGAUGAUGGUAAUGAUGGUGCUCAUGAUGGUGGUCAUCAUGGUGAUGAUGGUUAUGCCGUUUUGGAUGUACAUGAUCAAAGUAUGUACAACAUGUCUGAGUUCUCUACAAGUGCAGGAAGCACAAAAUUGAUAAACACCCAUCGAAAGCUUUUUAUUAACGCUACUGGCGAAAGAGAAACAAAUGAAAACGGACGUCAAGCGCAAUGCCAGUUAAAGUACACCAAUUCUGGAACCUUUGAAGAGAAACUAAAUAAUUUAUUGAUGGACAAUUAUAAGCUAUUAUGCGAAAAUGAAUAUUUCAGAAGUGCAGCAAAAGUAAUAAAUUUUUCCUCAAAUAAAAAUGGGACAUAUAAAAAGAUGCAUAACUUAAAUGAUAUAUUCAAUUUAAUAAAUAUUAAAAAUAUUAUAAUUGAAAAAGGAAGGGACCAAUUGCUCUUGAGUGAUAUAUAUACCUGCUUGUUUUUUAUUUACGAAAAUUCACAAUUCUUGUGCCUCAGUAGCUACGUAUCAAGGUUUUUCAUAGAGUUUUUACGAGUUUAUUUUCACAAUAACAAAGAACGAAUAAUAAAUCAGUUACUGUAUGAUGAGAAAGAUUGGGAAAAUGUAAACACGGAAAAUUUAGAAAAUAUUGAUAUUUCUAAAUAUCCAGAUGCACAUAGCGAGAAAAGAAACGUACUAGACGGACAGAACGAAAGAGUUCAAAACGUGUCAACAAAGAAAGAUGAAAAAAAUUCACACUGUGAACAACAAGCUUCAUAUAACCCCAGCAAUAAACAAACGAAAAACGAGUUUAAUCAAAAUGACAUACAGUAUAUAACAUGUUUAAAAAAAAUUAUUUUAAUGGGAGCUGAGGAACAAAGUAUGACGGAAUAUCUCAAAAUUGAAAAUGAAUUUGACAGUAUAAUAUAUCACAUUUAUGUAUACCCCAUAAUGUAUAAAAAAAAUUGUCACAAUAUUUUUAAACAUAUAGAACUUUUUAAAGACUCCUUCAAUGUAAAAUAUUAUAAAAAUGUAUUAAUCCGUUUUAUUAAAAAAAAAAUAAUAACGAAGGUUAAAAACAUGGAAAAUAAUGAAAUAGAGGAGCAUACACUGCAAGACAUACAAAAUAAAUUAUUGAUUCUGUUUGACAUUAAUAAACAGUUUAAUAUUAACACCCACAUUUGCAACUAUUACACGUAUUCAAUAUUUCCAUAUUUACAAAAAUGUAAUAUAUCAGAAAAUUUUAUAAAACUUAUUAAAUUAGCUCUUAUGGAAAAUAUAUACAAAAAGGAAAUUUUCGAAAAUAUUGUAAAAAGAAUAAUUUCAGAAUUAAUUGACAUAAAUUUUUCGAACGACAAUUUUGUACAACAUCUUCGUAAAAUUACAAUGUUGAACGAUUUCAUCGAUGACAAAGUAACCAGUCUCAUCUUUAAGGUAUAUUUUUUUUACAAUUUUUCAAAACAUGUGUGUGAUUAUUUAAGAGAACUUAAUGCGUUAUAUGUAGAGAAGAACGAAAUGAACAAUAAUAUACACAAAUCGGAAGUUCCCUUAGAUCCAGAGCAAGACAUGCAAACCCAGGAAGAAAAAAAAUUAAUUUUAACAAAUAAAAAAAAAUAUAUAUAUGAAACCUUUAAAAACGUGAAAGAUGUUAUUGAAAACAAUCUAAUGAAAGAUAACUCCAUAAAGAAUAUCAUGCUCAGUAUAUUAAAUGUCAUAAAAACGUAUUUGAUGCAAGACAAAAUUAUCACUUUUCCCGUUGAAAAAGUAUUAGACUUUGACAAAAAUCACAUUUGUUCAGAUGAUAAUAUAAAUCACUAUUUCUUAUAUAAUGAUAUAAGAAUUCCAAUUCCUCUUUAUGCUGUUCCACAAAGAAGUACUAACAUAUUUGAAAUGAAUUAUAUGCAUAUUAUGAGAAAAAAUCAGAAAACAGAUGAAUCAAAUAACACCUAUACAUUUUCUCCAAAAAAAUAUGUCAAUUUAAUGAACAAAUUAGAAAAUGAUGUAAAUCAGUAUAGGAGAAACGUGCAGGAAGACGAAGAAAAUAUUAACGUAAAGAGUUAUAUAGAAAAAUAUUGCAUACAAAAUGAUAUUCUAUUCAUACAAAAAAAUGAUCGAAAAAUAAACGGAAAUGUUGUAUACUCAAUUAACAAUUUUUCUAUAUAUAUAAAUAAUAAUAUUAUAUACAUUUAUGAAAAUCAUGAGUGGAUACCUACCCUAUUACGUGAUCUCUUGAAAAAAAUUUCAUAG